GACGGUGCUAGUUCGUUACAAUACAAAGUAAACCGUUGGAGAAACAACAUUAACAAUGUUUGACGGUUUGAGUAACACAGAGAAAGUCAACACGUCGAAAACAAAGCUGUUGAAGACCAGCAUGCGUCUCCAGUUCAACGAAUUUUUCAACCACAGCACAUUACAUGGCGUUAGAUACAUAGCACAAAGCGAUCGGCCACUUCACGAACGGUUCAUGUGGUUUAGUUUCUUAUCUGUGGGGAUCGUUGUCACUUCUAUCAUUAUAAUAUCGCUCUGGGAGAAGUUUCAAACAAGUCCGACCAUCACCGGUUUAGAUACGGACUUCCACAGCUGGGACGUACAAUUUCCAGCUAUAACAGUAUGUCCUAAAAGACCAACUUCCGAUGAAAAAGUAUGGGACUACGUCACGAGUGUGUACGACAAUAACACGGAAAAUGAGCGCGUUGAGAUAUUUUUAAAAUUUGUUAACGAAGUUGCGUCGUUCUCGUACGAUAACGUCCAAAUGUUUAAACAAUUUUCUGAAUACGAUUGGCUACCAAAGGAUAAGUUUAAAGAUUUAGCAUAUCAAGUAGUAUAUCAUUGCGAGGACUUACUAUACGACUGCACGUUCAAAGGCGAAUCAUACAACUGUUGUUUGGGGUUUGAGCCGGUGUUCACCGAAUACGGAUUUUGUUACAGUUUCAAUGCCAAACACGUGGUAUCGGAUUGGCCAUGGAUGGCCAAAAAUUAUUCAAAGGCCAACAUAGAAUACGUCUUUGAAACGGACAACAAGCUGACAAUCACGUUUAACAUGGACAACGUAACUAAAAACCCGUUAAAGGUAUUCAUACACAGCAUGGACGACAUGUUAAUUGUAGACUCGUUACCACAACAUUUGUGGACCAGGAGGAUAGCAAAAAUAUUCUUCAACAGCAAACAAACGUACACCACCGAAGGCGCUCGUCAGUUAACGAUAAAGCAGAGGAAAUGUGUUUUUCCAGAUGAGAUAUCGUUAUUGACAGACUCCAACUACACGUUUAGUGCAUGCAUGGUUCAAUGCCGAAUGGACAUCAGCAGGAAACUAUGUGGAUGCGUCUCUUGGUUUUAUAAAUCUAUAGAUGGCUAUAAGUAUUGCGAUUUAGACGGACUAAAUUGUAUUGGUAAAAAUCUCAAACAAAUAUUAAAUGGACUUGCCUGUCCAUGUGAAUUGGGGUGUAUGAACACAGUUUAUGAAGUAGAAAAACUCCAAGAUGCCCAGUCUGAUCAGAUUGAUGAACCUCUUGAAAUCAGUUUCGUAUCAUGGCCAAUGGUGAGGUAUAGAAGAGAAGUAUUAUUUGGCUGGGUAGAUUUGCUAGUUGCUUUUGGUGGCAUAGCGGGUCUAUUUUUAGGUUUCAGUUUACUGAGUGGAGUGGAAAUUAUAUAUUACUUCACAUUAAGAGCAUGUUGCAUGGUAACAAAUAACCCUAAAGUUUUGGAAGAACUAAGUCAAGAAUAUGAUCAGAAAGAUGAAACAGUUAUAAAUCUAGGGUUAAAACCAUUAUGGUCAGUUGAAAACAAGAACACUCAAGCUGUAAUGAUUAAGAAUCACGGAAAAAAAGAGGCAUUUGCUUUACCUUUUUUGCCUUAAAUAUCAAU